ACAACACGGCUACUCUUUCAACCACCUCGGUAGCUUGCUAGACAACAUAAAACUGAACGAUUCACGCUUUAGACCAUGUUAUUGUACAUGCGCUAAUCUCAGUGUUUUAAACACUUUUCUGGUGACGUAUCAACUGGUUAACUUUAAUAACCUAAUUUGCUUAUUCAUUUUGCAAACGUGUUGAAUAUAACGUUACUGAGGUUAGCACUAGGCUAGUCGCUAAUGCUACCUAGCUAGAUAACAUUCCUGACCAUGAGCUCACUAAACUACUCUUCCCCUGCUAAAUAAGAGGAGAAAGAAUCUUUCAGAAUGAAAAAGGAGGAAGAGGAGGUUGUUAUAGUGAAAGAAGAAGAGGAUGUUAUUGGGAAAGAAGAAGAUGUUAUAGUGAAAGAAGAGAAAGCACCUUUUAGAGAGGAAGAGGAUGCUGUCUCAUUAAAGGUGAAGAAGGAAGACGUCUUGGGAGUGAAAGAGGAGGAGACAGAAUAUCAGAUUAACACCAGAGAGAGACAUGACAAUUGUGGAUCCUCUGGGGAGCCUCAGCAACAUCCUGAUGCUGACGAGGCAGAGAAGAGUCUCUCUAGAUCAGAACACCAGAUGGACGACGCUAGCCCUUCCGCCCUCCCGGAGUCCCUGUGUCGUGCCUCUCCCGGUAGCACCUUACUGCUGGGUAUGAAGAGGUUGUCUGUGCUGCUGGUGGACUGCAGGAAAACAACAGGGCUGAGUGGAACUGUGAGAGGAGGAGAAGAGAAGAAAGGAUCAGAUUUGACUCAUCAAAGAGGAAAACCAAACUCGGAGGAACCAGAGACGUCCAAACCAGCAAGACGACACCUCUGCUCUCAGUGUGGAAAGAGUUUUAUCAAGUUAGGAAGCCUGAAAGCUCAUGAGCGAAUACACACAGGGGAGAAGCCUUACCAUUGCUCCCAGUGUGGAAAGAGUUUUAGCCAGUUAGGAAGCCUGAAAGCUCACAGCCGAAUACACACAGGGGAGAAGCCUUACCACUGCUCACAUUGUGGAAAGAGUUUUAACCGCUUAGGAAGCCUAAUUGCUCAUAGGCGAAUACACACAGGGGAGAAGCCAUACCAUUGCGAACAGUGUGGAAAGAGUUUUAACAAGUUAGAUAACAUGAAAUCUCAUGAACAAAUACACACAGGGGAUAAGCCUUACCACUGCUCCCAGUGUGGAACUAAGUUUACCAAGUUAGGAAGCCUGAAAAGACAUGAGAGGACACACACCGAAGCAAAGCCUUUCCAUUGCGCCUUGUGUGGAACGAGUUUUAACCAUUUGGGAAACCUGAAAAGACAUGAGAGAAUACACACAGGGGAGAAGCCUUUCCAUUGCGCAAAGUGUGGAAAGAGUUUUAGCUUGUUAGGAAACCUACAAUCUCAUGAACGAAUUCACACAGGGGAGAAGCCAUACCAUUGCGCCCAUUGUGGAAAGAGUUUUAACCAGUUAGGAAACAUGAAAUAUCAUGAGCGAAAUACACACAGGGGAGAAGCCUUACCAUCGCGCUCAGUGUGGAAAGAGUUUCACAGAGUUAGGAAAGCUGAAAGUGUUGCCCAUUGUCCCUGUGUAUUCAUACCUGUGUUCUUUGUCUUUGUGGUUGUCUCCACCCCUCUCCAGCUAACAUCCCUGACCAUGAGCUCACUAAACUACUCCUCCCCUGCUAAAGAAGAGGAGGUCUGCUGGACGGAGAAAGAAGCUCUGGGACUGAACAUUGUCGUGGAAGAGGAGGCUAAUAUAGUGAAAGAAGAGGAGGCUGUUACAGUGAAAGAAGAGGAGGCUGUUACAGUGAAAGAAGAGGCUGUUAUAGUGAAAGAAGAGGAGGCUGUUACAGUGAAAGAAGAGAUAGAACCCUUUAGAGAGGAAGAGGAUGGUAUCUCAGUAAAGGUGAAGAAGGAAGACGUUUUGGGAGUGAAAGAGGAGGAUACAGAAUAUCAGAUUAACACCAGAGAGAGACAUGACUAUGGUGGAUCCUCUGGGGAGCCUCAACAACAUCCUGAUGCUGACGAGGAAGAGAAGAGUCUCUCCAGAUCAGAACACCAGAUGGACAACGCUAGCCCUUCCUCCCUCCCGGAGUCCCCGUGUCGUGCCUCUCCCGGUGGCACCUUACUGCUGGGUAUGAAGAGGUUGUCUGUGCUGCUGGUGGACUGCAGGAAAACAACGGGGCUGAGUGGAACUGUGAGAGGAGGAGAAGAGAAGAAAGGAUCAGAUUUGACUCAUCAAAGAGGAAAACCAAACUUGGAGGAACCAGAGACGUCCGAACCAGCAAGACGACACCGACACCUCUGCUCCCAGAUUGGAAAGAGUUUUACCAAGUUAGGAAGCCUGAAAAGACAUAAGCGGGGACACACAGGAGCGAAGCCACACCAUUGCUCCCAGUGUGGAAAGAGUUUCAAAUUGUUACGAACCCUUAAAGGUCACGAGCGAAUACACACAGGGGAGAAGCCAUACCAUUGCACCCAGUGUGCAAAGCGUUUUACCCAUUUAGGAAGCCUGAAAGCUCAUGAGCGAAUACACACAGGGGAGAAGCCUUACCGCUGUUCCCAGUGUGGAAAGAGUUUUACCCAGUUAGGAAACCUGAAAGCUCAUGAGCGAGUACACACAGGUGAGAAACCUUACAAAUGCUUAGACUGUGGGAAGAUAUAUUACUCAUCACAGUCACUUAAAAGUCAUGGGAGAAUCCACACAGGGGAGAAGCCUUACCACUGCUCCCAGUGCGCAAAGCAUUUUACCCAUUUACGAUGCCUGAAAGUUCAUGAGCGAAUACAUACAGGAGAGAAGCCUUACUGCUGCUCCCAGUGUGGAAAGCGUUUUACCCAGUUAGGAAACCUGAAAGCUCAUGAGCGAAUACACACCGGGGAGAAGCCCUACCACUGCUCCCACUGUGGAAAGAGAUUUAACCAUUCAGGAAAGCUGAAAGAACACAUGAAACUGCACACAGGUGAGAAGCCUUACAAAUGCAAGUCCAAUAUGAAUGUUCAAUACACACAAUAGGUUGAUCGGUAGCCAGUUAGCUAGCUGCUACGUCUUUGUCCGCACAGCAGCAAGCUAUCAACAAAGUCAAAAUGGACUCCAGGCCUGGUGGUGGCAGCAGUGCACUACAACCACUGUUUACCGGAGCUUCCUGAUGGGGAAAUAAUUAGGCUGUAUACAGAUUGAUUAACCACGUUUCCAUCCAAAGUUUUUAUUUGAGUCAAGUCAUACCGUAUAAAAAAACUCAAGACAGAUGUGAUGGAAACAGGUUUCAGAAGACUGAGGUGGGUUUCCCUCUAACUUUUUACCUGGGCUUUGCUCCUUUCAUAUUUAUUUUGAUCCUGACAAACCCCAAUCCCUGCCAGUGACAAGGAUACUCAUAACAUGAUGCUGCCACCACAAUACUUAUUGUGUGGUUAAUAUGUGGUCUAUCUCCAGGUCAUCAGACUUAAAUAGUCACCUCUAGCCGGCCUCCGCCCAGUACCCUGUCCUGAACUUUAGUCACUGUUACUAGCUGUCAACCACCCAUUAUUCCACCCUGUAUUCUAGUCAAGGCUCAUCCUAUAUAACUACUGCUGUUCACACCUUUCCUAUUAAAAUACGGUCCAUAAUGUCUAUACACACCAUCAUAUACAUUGUAAACAAACUGUAUAUUUAUAUUCCGGACUCUGAUAUUCCUCGUUCUACUAUUUCUUAUAAUAUUUCUUCAUCCAUUUCUUCAAAGAAAUUGUGGGGAUUUGUGUUGUUUUGUUAGAUAUUACUGUUUCGCUACACCUGCGAUAACAUCAGAGAAAUGUGUGUAUGAGACCAAUAACAUUUCAUUUGAUCUGAUCUGUGGUCAGAGGUGUGCAGACAACAGAUGGUGUUUAUGGUGGAGAGGACUGUGGACUCAGUGGAGGACAUCUCAGCCACUUGGCAGUGUUGACACUGCUACUUCCUAUCUGACUGGUAAUAUGACUUCACUGCUACUUCCUAUCUGACUGGUAAUAGGACUUCACUGCUACUUCCUAUCUGACUGGUAAUAGGACUUCACUGCUUCUUCCUAUCUGACUGGUAAUAGGACUUCAUUGCUACUUCCUACCUGACUGGUAAUAGGACUUCACUGCUAUUUCAUCAUCUAUUAUGCUACAAUGUAGAAAAUAGUAAAAAAUAAAGAAAAACCCUUGAAUGAG